AUGUUCGCCAACAACAAGUUCUCGAUUGCUAAAGACCCCUCUUGGGCACCGAAAUCCGCUCGAGCAUCUCUUGCUCCCUCCACCUCUGUGUACAGCGACGUCCUCAACGAGCCGCUGUCCAGAGUCGACCAUCCAGACAUGCCGCAUAUUCCUCCGCUUCGAGUGUCGAAAGCCAAAGUGGGAAAGCCGAGUCAGGUCCCCGACCACAUGGCAAAUGGCCACCAGCAGAUCCAAGACAACGGACCACAAGUCAGACAGUCACGACUGCCAAUUUUCAAGCAAGUGCGAUCGAUGUUGCAGAAGCCUUCGCCUCUCACCACAUCUGAGGCCAUCGGACACAAUGACACUUUCCGUCAAACGGGCAGGGCUCCAGACGUGAAACCGUCUAAUUACAAGGAUGCAUAUGAAGCCACCGACGAAGCGCAAAGACGGCCGUCUCCCACUCGACUGCAAAAGAAUGUUCCACCAAGUCUGCGAAGCACUUCACCAGUAUCAGUGUUGGAAGAUCGAGAUACGCAGCACGAAAGAUUGCCACGCUUCGACUGGGAUCCCGAACCAGGCUCACCUAUAUCAUCGACAUCAGACAUCUCACCGGACUACUAUCAGAUACCCAUCGGCCCGAGUCAGGUCUCAGUGAACCUGCGCGCUGUGCCUCAGACACCGGCGCGGGCAAAGAUGGUCUCGAUCAAGCGAAAAGCAAAGCCGAGUGGGUAUUCACAGGCUUCGGAGAACAUCCCACCUCCUCCUCCACCACCAUACGACAGUCACUAUACCACACUGAACUCGUGGAGAAAUCAGAUACAGCCGAACAGCCACUUCAGCUGGACGACUGGCGCGCCUUCAAUCAGACCCGCUUCACGACCUUCAAUGGACGGAACCAACCCGGCACCACGACACAGUAAGGAUCACGGCGACUUCAUGCCCAACAGCCGCUUCAGUUGGAGCACAGUUCAGACUGGCAUGCGCCCAGAAUCACCACCUCCAAGCCCUCCACCUGUGGUACCCUCAAAGUACCGCCAACCUCCAGUACAAUCCAUCCUCUCCCGCCACAGACCGAUCCAACGCGCCGACAAGGAAGUCUGGACACCACCUCCACGCAAGACCUCACUAGCCGAUCCUGAAAUCGACCCAGGCACCCCCACCAGCGCGAGAUCCAAACUCACAAUCAACUCCCGGCCCUUUACCGAGCACGACAACGCCGGAUCCGGCAAGAAGCUCCCUCCUCCACCCGAGCUCCUCACACCUACCAUGUCGCACAAGGAAGUGCUGUUGAAAGAGGAACAGGAUAAGAUUCACCAGAGGCAGAAUAUCGAGAGGGCUAUCGCGGAUCUUAGCAAGAUUGAGAACGCCAGUCCGAUGGAUGUGAGCUGGGAGCAGGUGAAAGAUGCCAGAUCGAGGAUCGCGGAACUGAAGACUACAUUGGCGGAGGUGCAGAUGGAGGAGCGGGAGAUUGGGGUUGCGAUUACGAGGGCACGAAGAAAGGAGGGCGAGGAGGAAGGAUUAUGGGUUAGGAGGGUUACGAGCUAA